GAAUGGCUUUCUUUGGAUUAACUUUUGUGGGUUACCGGGAACCCUUUCGUCAGAGAAAACUAGAGUUAGUGAAACAUGAAGAACCAGUCGGAACACCACAACCCAAACUGGAACUUUUCUACCCAAAGCUGCCACCCAUAGGAACUGGAGGAUAUGAUGACACAGGGUUCGGAGGUAGCCACGCCAGGUAUCGAGAGGCUGUCAGACGGAGACAGCUCAGGAAAUACCCUAAUCAAGUCUACAGGGUACCAAUGACCUGUGGACAAGACAUUGGCUGGUGGCUACCCAGUGAUCCAUCAGUCCAGCCGCAAGAUGCUCUACCAUGGAUAAAAGUUCAAAAGCAUCAUCUGCCGCAGAGCCCCAUAACCAAGUUCGUGGAGAAUAUGAUGCUCAGUGACCCACUUUUCAGCUUGUUUUGA